AUGGAAAUCUCAAAGAGGCACGAGCACGAGCACGAGCACGACGAACGCAAGAACGAUGAAGGCAAAAAGGAGGAGGAAGUCAAGAACGAAGGAUUCAUCAACUGGCCAUUCACAGAGUUCUUCUUCUCCGAUAUCACGACGGUGACCAAGAACUUCAGCUCUGAAGUGAUCAUAUCAGAAGACUCUUCCAAUGUCGUCUACAAGGGUAUUUUACAAGACAAUCUUGGCUUCGUCGCUGUCAAAAGAUUCAAGAAUAAGCCUUGGCCUGAUCAUGAUGACAUGGAGGAAGAGGCAUCAGAAGCUGGGGAGCUAAAGCACAAGAGACUCGUCAAGUUGUUGGGAUAUUGCUCCCAUGAAGAUGAAAGGCUUCUUGUUGCAGAGUUCAUGCCUAAUGAUACUCUUGCUCACCGUUUGUUCCAUCAGAAGAACAUGGAAUGGUCAAUGAGGUUGCGAGUGGCGUAUCAUAUAGCUGAAGCAUUGGAAUAUUGCAAUAGUGCAGGUCUUGCUAAGUACGAUAACUUAAGAGAUGGUCUAAGUGCUUACACUGUUCUGUUUGAUAAGGAUGAUGAUGCAUGUCUUUCCUGUUUCGGUUUAGUGAGAGAGGUCAUUGCUUAUGAUAAGAGAACAACAGGAAGUGUUCACACUGAGAGUGUAACAUACAGAUUUGGUACCAUACUUGUGAACCUGUUAACUGGAAUGGAAACUCCUCCAAGUCAUGUUCCUGAGAUGAUAAAUGGGAAGGAUGUUACGGACGUGAUGGAUCCAAAUCUGAAGGGGAAGUUCUCUAAAGAAGAAGCUGCAGUGAUUUUAAAUCUCGCCUCUGAAUGUUUGCAGUGGACUGAUAGAAAGAGUCUCAUUACUGAAGAGGUUGUUGCAACACUUGAAGCCUUGCAAGCUAAGAACGAAGUUCCAUCUUCUAAAAUGCCUCAAGUAACAAAGCAGCAUGAGGAGGCAUCAUCUUCGAGUCAGCAGCAACAACUUGAUCACUGAAUCUUCAAACGUAGGAACUCUUCUCAAAUCAUCAACAUGGUUUAGGGAUCAUAAGAAUCUUGAACUUGUAGAG